AUGAGAAAAGUAGAAGCUGACGUCUACCUACGCCACUUAAGCAAGGAUGUGUAUGUCUUUGCAGUUGAGGCAGAUGAUGAAUCAGAGGCCAUGGAACCUUCUGAACCCAAAUUCAGAGAAUGGGAGUUGGUUGGAUUUUCUGAAGACUGUGGAGUAAUAUACGAGAGGUUUGGGCGAGCAGAAGUAUGGGGCAUGGAUGUAUGCGCAGUGGUGGAAAAAGGAUUACGGGAACGAGUAAAAGAGGAAGUAGAGUAA